CCCCAACUCGGGCAAAGCGGGACGACUAACCUCGCUCGCAGGAGCCCUGCAGCGCGUACAGGAGGCGCGACUCUGCGCAUCAGAUACGCGCGAUACCGCAACCUCGAUGGAGUGGCAGGCGGCGCCAGUUUCGGCCGCUCCAGCAGUGCUGAGCACCGAGACCACGCCGAAAGCAGCCGCACCGGUGCCCAGGACCGGCGACGAAGGCCCCUCGGCCGCGCCGACGGCCACGGCGCCGCCCGUGAACACACGGCUAUCGCCAACUGAUGAGGACCCAUCCGCGGCCGCCGCCGCGCCGCCGGCCGAAGCCGAGCACACACCAUCAUCGAACGAAGCCGAGCAAACGCCGUCGUCGCACGGUUCCGACGACGACGACGAGGGCGCCUGCGGCGUCUGCGGGAGCAAACAUAGCGAGGAGGAGGACGCGCUCAUCUUUUGCGACGGCUGCGAAGUCGCGGUCCAUCAAUUAUGCUACAAUAUUUCGGACGAGACGGCGGCAUCAAACGAAGACUGGUUCUGCGAGGCCUGCCAGGAACUCCGAGAGGGCAAACGCGACGCCAGUCCUCUGAAAUGUGUGAUCUGUGAAAGCGGCCGACCGAACGGCACGGACUUUUAUCGGGACGUGCCUCUCGCGUUCAAGCGAGCCACAUCACUCCCGCGGGCCUACGCCAAGGAACGGCUCGUAAAUGAUCCGCACGGGAGCUGGCGGGACUGCUGGGCGCACGUGGCGUGUGCCGCGUGGGUCCCGGAAUGUGGAUUUGUCGAUGAAAAUAGGCAGAUCGCCGCGUUAUGUGGCGAUCUGUCCGAGGUGCGCUCGAAGGGCAAGUGCGACUUCUGCGGCGAGCGGGGCCAGAUCGUCCAGUGUUCUCGGAAGCGGUGUGCCGCGUCGUUCCACCCCGCGUGCAUAUUGAGGGAGCUCAUGGGGCCGCGCGAGUGGUCGAGACGGUUUGAUGAGGGCCACCCCGGCGCGUUCGUGAGGUACGCGGGCGCCGCGGAGGCUGUUGGUGAGGUCAUUUGUGGCAAGCAUUGCGGGGUUACGGACGACAAGGCCCCUUCACAACCGUUGGUGAAGUCCGACUACGAGUUACAAAGGGACGCUAGGAUAGCGCAGAACCAGGCCUUCCUCGCUUCAUUAGGAUUGGGCGCCGCGCAGUCUCCUCAAAAAAGUCCCGCGCGGCGCAAGCGGCGCCGCGGGCCGGCGCAGCCGGCCGCGCGGAAGUCGGCGCGCGAGUGCGCGCAGGCCGUGCAGCCCGGGCAGUACGCGCCGCCGCCGCAACGGCGGUCGGAGGCGGAGAUCGAGGAGGAGCGCGAGGAGCGCGCCGCCGAGCGCCUCGCCAAAUUUUUGAAGAGGGCGGACAAGGCCGCGGCCGGCGCGGCGGCCGCCGACGCCCGCGAAUAUUUGAGGUUUGCCCGGUUCCUCGCGGAGCGGCCCGUCGACGCGGCCGCGGCGGCUUUGUUGUAUGAGCGGUGGGCGCGCGAGGGCCCGGCGUUCUUCGCUCGGUUUCGCGAGGAGGAGAAGCUCCGGAAGCAGCGCGCGCGCGCCGACGAGCAGGCUAGACGGCGGGCCGAGAAGGAGGCCGCUUUGUUAAGGAAAGACGCGGACCGGGCCGCGCGCGUCGCCGACAAGUGCGGGGCCGAUAAUGCUAUAAGAGCCGCGCGGGCGCUGCUGAAGGAGCUCCGGAAGACGAGGAAGAAGAAGGCGCGGCGGCCCGCGGCGCCCGAGCCCGCGGCGGACGAGGGAGAUCUCUACGCGCGCCCCUACAAGAAGCGGAAGAAGCGUCAUGUCCCGACGCCCAACAUCCGGUUGCGCGUCGUGAGCAAUUCCGCGGGCACCGUGUCGGAGGAUAUGCCGCGCUUCGUAAAUGUGAAGUGCGGCGCGUCGGUAGCGCGCGCGAUGCUGCCGGAGGCGCUCUGGCCCGGGCGCUUCGCGCCGCGGCCGCGGUCCUACGCGUACGUCGCGCUGCCGCCCUCGGUCCAACCCGCCCGGAGGGCGCCUUCUUUGCCAAUGGACGUGCUCGGUUUUACUGGUCUCUGCUAGGUUUCUUAAGAUACGUGUGAUUUA